AUGGCGUGUGCAGUGGUCGAUCCUAACCAGCAGGAAUGGACCUCCAAGACGAAGUCCCUGAAUCCGUUCUUUGGAAAAGAACAGAUCUACAGGUACAUGGAAACCAAAGGAGCCACAAAGCACCGAGAGGCUGGCCUGCGACUGUUUUCUUCAGGCCACCUGCAGAAGCUGGAGUUUUCUACGCGGGAGGCUGAGGACACCAUUGUACGUGCUCAAGUUUUGGCAUCUAUGUCAAUAAGAACUUCGUACAAAGUCAAUGCUGCACUGGCUAAGUGUGAUGGGGAGAUCAUUACUGGCCACUGCUCAUGUGUUGCAGGAAAGGGUUCCGUCUGCAAGCACCUUUGUUGCGUUUUUUACGGGCUAAUGUACAUCGCACAGCAUGACCUCAGUGUUGUACCAGGUGUUGUUGCAUGCACCGAGACGGAAAGGCAAUGGUACAAGCCAAGAGACCCCAGAAAAGUUAGCGAACAGUUUGGCACUGUGGUCUUUUGUAAAGACACUUGUGAGAGAAUGAGCAGUGCUCCAAAGCACCAUGAGAAGCGAGUGGCAUAUUCGUCACUUAAGGGUGACAGACUAAAUCUGCAGCCAUUGGACCUCAUUCACCUGCACGGCAAACUGUACGAGAGCGGCCUUCACUGCUUUGCGGACGUGCUCGAGGCUAAUGACUUUGUACCUAACAAAGUGAAAGAAAGUGACAGUGAAGCCACGGAAAAGCUACCACCGCGGUGGUUGGAUCAAGUAGAGAAGCAGCUAGGUCUAACUGCCUACACGCCAGAAGAAAUAGCGGCUGUGGAGGAGGGCACAAGGCUGCAAAGCUUGUGUCCUCUGUGGCAUCACUAUAGAGAAGGCAUCAUCACUGCCUCACUUGCGAAUAGAGUGUACACGUGGGUGCACACUUGUCGAACAAAAGUGGGACCCCACGAUCCUCGGUCUCUCUCGAAUGCUGUGUUGGGCAAAACGAAAUGUCGCGCAACAAAUGACAUGAAGAGAGGUCUCUUGCUCGAACCUGAGGCUAGAACACUGUUUCAAGAGAAAAACGCUAGCCAUGUAGAUCUUGACGUGAAGGAGAGUGGUCUCUUCUUGUCGCAGAGCCACCCUUUUCUGGGUGCAAGCCCAGACGGGAUAGUCUCGUGCAGCUGCUGCGAGAAGCGGCUCAUUGAGAUCAAAUGUCCGCGGAGCUUGGCAACAUUUUCUAAGUCUGAACUGCAUGAUGGACGCCUUAAACCCACUAGCAAACAUUAUGCACAGGUGCAGAUGCAAAUGGGCGUGACGGGACGGAAGUUGUGCAUCCUCUUUGUGUACUGCAGCAAAGACGACUACCGGCAGGUUUCAGUUCCUUUCGAUGAGAAAUAUUUCCAUGAGCUGGUUGAGCGUUGUACGUUUUUCUACGACACAUACUUUCUGCCUUGUUUUAGAUGUUAGGACAUUUUAUUGCAAAACAUACUCAUCUGAAAAGCUAUUUGUUUCUGUGGUUAACUAAAUUUGGAACUGCUGGUGUCCGAUGCAUAUUUAGCAAAUUUCUUUUUAAAGAAACGUAUUAAAAAAAAUUGUCUAAGUGUUCUAACAUGGUGCUUGGUAUAACAUGUGUUUUGUUUAAGAUAGACUACUCGUUUGCGGUUUAUUCCUUAUAUUUUUGUGCCAGCAAAUCGCCUCAGAUCUUCAGUGUACUUAUUUAGCUUUUGAAUGUAUUUGUUUAGU